AUGUUGCGACAUCUCCUCCUUGUCCUGGCUGUUGGACUAGCCCCAGUGCAGACGUUUUAUCUCCCCGGUUUGGCUCCAGUCAACUUCUGUGAAGCCGAUCAGCGAUCGGCUAAAUGCCCGGUAGGAGAUUUGGCCUCAAAAAUCGAUUUUUUUGAUAUUGUAGUAGUGAUCUGAAUAUAAAAAUUCAAAUUUCAGAGCAAUGUGACGUUAUUUGUCAACAAAUUGGACAGCGAUCAAAGUGUAAUCCCAUACGAAUACCAUAGCUUCGACUUUUGCGUCGGCUCCGAGGACGAAUCGCCCGUCGAAAAUUUGGGUCAAGUCUUGUUCGGCGAGCGAAUUCGACCCUCUCCAUAUAAGGUACGGUGUUUAUGUUGUUUGUUUGGAGUUUUAGGAUCAUGAAGGAAGCAGUGAUCAAAAAUGGAAAUGAGUUUUUUACUUUGAUCCAGAAAAAAAUUACGAAUUAAAUCAGGUGGUAGAAUAUCGAAAAACUUAUGUUUUUUUGUCAGAGAAGAAUAAAAAUGAGUUUUUGGUGGUAAAAUACGUGGCGCUUUGCAAUUCAGUACUGUUUGAGUAGGAGGUUUCAUGAGAUCACGGAGUUGUAGACGUGGAUAAUAUAACUGAUGCCUAGUGUAAUAUAAUUUUUGGCGUAGAAACUGCGGAAAAUACCUUUAAAUAGAAGUUUAGGAAUGUUUAAAGCGUAUGAAAAUUUUUGGGACAAGUUUUCUUUCAAUAUGCGUCAAUAUCGGCAUGAACAACAUCCCGAUAUCAAGUGCAAUAUAAAUGAUUUUCAGAUUAGCUUCAAAGAAUCCCAACAAUGCACCAGCCUCUGCGAGAAGACCUACGACAACGCGAAUGCCGUCGACCAGGACAAAAUCAAGUUGUUGUUCCGAGGAAUGAAGCUGAACUACCAGCACCAUUGGAUCAUCGACAACAUGCCCGUCACAUUCUGUUUCAUCAACCAGCAGAAUAUGAACGUCUGCACCACUGGCUUCCCCAUGGGCUGCUACGUCACCCCCGAAGGCAAACCGAAGGACGCGUGCGUGCUGGACACCAGAUAUCGCCAGCCGGACAGCUACUAUCUGUUCAAUCAUGUCGAUAUCAAGAUUGAAUAUCGCGAUAUGUCCAAUGAUCCCAACUUUUUGGACGAGAAAAUUGGUGGAAGAAUUAUUAGAAUCAAGGUCCAGCCGAGAAGGUGGGAUUUUUUGGGGGUUUUGAAAAGUUUUAUAUUGUACUAGGUGGUAGAUGUUUGAAGGGCAAAAAAUCAAAGUUUUUGGUAAUGAAUAAGUCUUCCGAAGGGAUUGUAGGGUAGAUUAAGGCCCUAUGUUGCUAAUCCGUGGCAUAUCACCCGAUUUUUUUAACGAAAUUUGCAAGAAUUUUGCAUUAUAUUACUUUAGAUGAGCUUCAAAAAUUUGAUGAAAGUUUUUUUCGAUUUUUGUUUUCAGUAUCAAGCAUGAGGACCCCAACAAAUUGGAUUGCUCCCUUUCGGCCCCUCCUCAGGCUAUCGGCAGCAAUGACAAGAACUUUAAGGUUCAUUACACCUACUCCAUUGUUUGGGAGGUAAGAAAUUAACUUUGAUGGGGUUGUUGGGACUUUUUUGAGUUCAAAUAGUGCUAUAGAGUGUUUCUAAUAUUUUUUGGGUAUGAAAACUUUUGAAAUCGCGAAAAAGUAUCAUGGAUACCUUUUGAUACUUUUUGAGGUUUUUUGCGGAAAUGAUGGAAAAAUCGGUUUGAAUGUAUUUUAUGGUUGAUUAGGAGUAUUUUGAGAGCGUUGUGUUAUAGUAUCAAGCUUAUUUUAUCAACCAAUUUGCGAUGUUUUAGAAAACCGAAGUGAAAUGGUCCUCGAGAUGGGAUUACAUCCUCGAUUCCAUGCCCCACACCAACAUCCAAUGGUUCUCGAUCAUGAACUCGCUGGUGAUUGUCCUAUUUUUGUCCGGCAUGGUCGGAAUGAUCCUCUUGAGAACCCUCCACAGAGAUAUCGCCCGAUAUAAUCAACUCGAUAAUGAAGAAGACGCCCAAGAAGAGUUUGGCUGGAAAUUGGUCCACGGAGAUGUCUUCCGAGCCCCUAGACAUCCCUUGUUGCUUUCGGUGUUUGUUGGAGCCGGAUCUCAACUGUUGUUGUGCUCCAGUAUCACUUUGAGUAAGCUUUGAGAACGGUUAUUAAGAUUUUGAUGGGAGUUUUGAGGAAGAUUGGGGGUUUGGAGUAGAGACGGUAGGAGAAGAGCUCGUAUUUUACAAUUUUUUGGGUUGGAAAUUGAAUUUUGAAGAUUUUUUUGCUUUGGGGGCCUUGGACGUUAUUUUAGGCAAAAAUUGGGUAUAUUGUUGUUUUUUAGGGGGAAGUAGAGGUUAUAAUAUUUGGAAAAGGUAUUUUUUGGCGUAUUUUACAGUCUCCUUAAAGGUGAAGUCGAACUUGAUAUUUUUUUUUGAAUUUUGGAUGUUUUUUGGCAUUACAGUGACGGACCUGAUUGAUCCAGUGGCAAAAAACGUACCAUUUUGCAUCCGAGAAGUAUCAAAAAAUGUAGCAAAAUACCUCCUUCUCCAACUAAAAAAAACUCCGUUUUGAAGGGCCCUCACAAAAAGAGAGGGCGCGCUUUUGAAAUCGGAGUUUUUUUUUCGCUUGGAGAGGGAGAUAUUUUGCUACAUUUUUGAUACUUCCCGAAUGCAAAAUGGUACAUUUUUUGUCCCUGGAUCAGGUCCGUCACUGCAAUGUCAAAAAGCAUCCAAAAUUCAAAAAAAAAAAAAUUUUUUUUCUCAAAUUCGACUUCAACUUUAAAGAGACUGUAAAGUACGCCAAAAAAUACCUUUUUCAAAUAUUAUAAUCUCUACUUCCCCCUAAAAAACAACAAUAUACCUAAUUUUUGCCUAAAAUAAUGUCCAAGGCCCCCAAAGCAAAAAAAUUCUUCAAAAUUCAAUUUCCAACCCAAAAAAAUUGUAAAAUACGAGGUUUUCUUCCACCACCUCUACUCCAAACCCAAAAAAGAAUUGAGUUUCUAUUUUUUUCUUCCCCUUUUUACUAUUUUUACCUUGUUUUAGUCUUUGCCUGCCUCGGUUUCCUCUCCCCCGCCAACCGUGGAGCCCUGAUGACCUUUGCCCUCGUCUUCUACGUCCUGUUCGGCAUUGUGAGCGGCUAUGUGUCGGCGCGCCUCUACAAAAUGAUGGACGGCAUCAACUGGAAGACGAACAUCCUCCUCACCAGCACCUUGAUCCCCGGCAUCAUGUUUGGGGUCCUGUUCGUCACGAACUCGAUGCUCUGGGCCAAGGGAUCGUCGGCGGCGGUCCCAUUCGGCACCCUGGUCGCCCUCCUGGCCCUCUGGCUCUUCGUCUCGGUCCCACUUUCGUUCGUCGGAUCCUUCUUCGGCUUCAAGGCCGAUAAGAUUACGGCCCCGGUGAGAACGAACCAGAUCCCAAGACAGGUGCCCUAUCAAACCAUGUACACCAAACCACUCCCAGGCAUGCUCAUGGGAGGCAUUUUGCCAUUUGGAUGUAUUUUUAUUCAAUUGUUCUUCAUCUUGAAUAGUAUCUGGUGAGUUGGAUUUUUUUUGGGAUUUUGGAGGUAUUUUUGAAAAAAAUGUGGCGUUUUUUGGGGUAGACAGAGAGUAGAGAGAUUGUAGAGGAUAGGAGAAGUAAUUUCAGAUUGGAAAAUGGGAGAUUUGGAGGAUUUUUUCGCCUUCUGGGAUCAGAUGUCAAGUAUAAUAUAAUUUUAGUGGAAUUUUGAGGACAAUGAUGGAGUAUGGGGAGGAUUUAGAAACUGUAAGGUGCAUAAUGAGAUUUAAAGCUGAUUUAAGGGUUAAAAUGGCUUGUAUUAUAAGAAAAUUACUAAUUUUACCAUCUGAUGUCAUGUAUAAUAUAAUUUUAUGAAGUUUGUGCAAUAUAUUUUGAAACUUUGCGGGAAUUUUGUGAUUUUUAGAAAUUAGAAGCCUUAAAAUACGAUUUAGAAUCAUUUUUGUGGAUCUAAAUUAUUUUUCCCAUGUAAAAAUUUCGAUUUUACCAUCACGUGUCAUGGAUAAUAUAAUUUUCCCGUUUUCAGGGCCCACCAAGUCUUCUACAUGUUCGGAUUCCUCUCGUUGGUCUUCCUGAUCCUCAUCAUCACUUGCUCGGAGGCCACCAUCCUCCUGGCCUACUUCCAUUUGUGCGCCGAGGACUAUCAUUGGUGGUGGAGGUCGUUCUUCACCUCGGGAUUCACUGCUGUCUACCUGUUCGCGUACUGUGUUCAUUACUUGAGCAAGUUGUCGAUCCAGGGCACCAUCUCGACCAUUUUGUACUUUACCUACACCGGUAUUUUCGUCUUCUUGUUCUUCCUUAUGACAGGUGAGGAAUUUUUGAAAAUUUUGUGAGUUUUAGGUGGAUAUGGGGAAGAUUAGUGGUGGAAUGGGGGAUAAUAGGAAGAAUAGAGGAGUUGGAAGGAUGAUUGAGGAGUUUGAAGUGGAUUAAGGGACUGAAAAGGCGAUAUUUUCCAUAAAAUAAGGUGAAAAUGUCAUGGAGAAUAUAAAAAGUAGGUCUAAAUUGGGCAAAAUGGAUGUCAUUAGGAAGGACAAAGAAUGUGGAGGCCUCAUAGAGGCAGUUGAACUAGACUAGAGGUCCAAAAAAGGGAUUUUUUACCUAAAAUAAGGUAAAAUUGUCAUGGAUAAUAUAAAAAGUUGGUCCUAAGUGUGAUAAACAGCUGAUUUAUGGGUUGGAAAUAUCAUAAAAGACAUGGUUAGAGAAUUUCUGAAGCUAGUAAUGACCAAAGAUUUGUUAUCUAAAAAAAUUUUUUGAUUUUUUUAAAUUUUUUGGCCAUUUUCCCUCAAAAAUCCCGAAUUUCCAGGUGCAAUCGGCUUCUUCGCCACCCUCCUCUUCAUCCACAAGAUAUACGCCUCGGUCAAGGUCGACUAA